CCUAGGAAAAUUGAACUUCUCUCCACGCGUUUGGCAUUCGAGAAAGUGUCACAGCUCGGGAAAAUUUUAACUCUAUUCUUUUUCUCGAGAAAAAACCCUAACCCUUGUCCUGAUUCCCCGAAUGAAAACUCACAGUUUCCAUCGCUCAUCGUCUUAGCGUUUAAGAUCCCUCCUCCGGCGAUCCUUCGGUGGCUGAUCUGACAGCGGAGAGAUCACUACUUCCCUUAUCUCUCUCAUUUCGCCCAGAAAAGAGAAGCAAAAGGCACCUUGGUUGCUUUUGUGUAAGGCUUAUAUGAUGGAUCUUAGAAGGCCUGUAUCUCUCCGUCUUUCCUGAUGACAUGAAGUCAUGUCAAUGUGUUGAAGGGGGAUAGCUUUUAUUAAAAUCCUUCAGCAGCAUUUGGAGUUCAGUAUUAUUAAUCUAAACCUUAGAAUUGCCCAGCUUAUAUGCACCCCAAUUUGAAAUUGCAGUGGAACUAAUCAAAGUAAAUGGACCACUAUGACUUGCAAGCACAGAGAAGGGAGAUGAAGCAUAAAGGAAGAAAUGUUGUUUGGUCUAUUGCCAUGGACAAGUGCCUUAUUGAAGCUCUUGCUGUUCAGGCUAGAAAUGGAAAUAAAAUAGACAAAUGUUUUAACGAGAAUGCAUACUCUGCUGCUUGUAUUGCUGUGAACUCUCGCUUUAAUUUAAACUUGAACAAUCAAAAAGUUGUUAAUCGUCUUAAAACCAUUAAGAAAAGGUACAAGGUAAUAAGGGAUAUGCUAAGUCAAGAUGGAUUCAGGUGGAAUCCCAGUACAAAGAUGAUUGAAUGUGACAGUGAAGAUCUUUGGAAGAGAUACAUCGCUGCACAUCCUGAUGCAAAAGGCAUUCGGGGUAAACAGAUUGAGAUGUAUGAUGAACUAAAAAUUGUUUGUGGAAAUUACCAAGCUCCUAGCCGUUGGACUAAGAUGAAGGAUGGAGGUCAUCUAACAAAGAAUUUUGAAGAAGAUUCUCCUUCAUUCCUCUCACCAAGUUCAGAAAAUGUGAGUGAGACUGAUGGUACAGAAUCAUAUACUGGGCCACCAGAUUGUCUGCCAGAUGGUAGUCAAGACCCUCCUCUGAUACAGCCUGUCAGACAACUUCCGAAACGGGCCCGUGGAUCAGAAGCUCUUCAAGAUGCAAUGUUGGCAGUGGCAUCAAGCAUUCGUCGUUUGGCUGAUGCAGUGGAGCAAAGCAAAACUGCAAUUGAUCCCUCAGAACUUUUACAGGCUGUGAUGGAAGUUGAUGGCAUAGAAGAGGCUAAACAAAUGUAUGCUUUUGAAUAUCUGAAUGCUGACCCCAUUAAAGCCAGAGCCUUUGUGACAUACAAUGCUCGUAUGAGGAAGAUUUAUUUGUUUCGACAGUUUUGGUGGUGGAAGUGACACUCUUAUGUAUAUUUUGCAAAAAUGUGAAAGGAUUGUUCCAUGGAUGCUUGCCCAUUAAACCCUAAUUGAUGUUUGGAGGUGAAUGUACAGAUAGUAGAUGAUCUCGGGAUGAAAAUUUAGAGCUAGAAGCUGGUAUUAUAGAGACAUUGACCAGCCUCUAUGCUUGCGUCUUUUUGAAGUGAAGAUAGCAUUUUGUGUAAGAUCUUCCCUUCUUGCUUUAUCCUUUUAAAGAGGUCUGAUGUUGCUCUUUUUUCUCUUAAUUUUGGAUAUAACGGCAAAAGAAUCUAUCCUGUGACCACUGGAAUUGAACGUGCUAAUUGAUUGCCAUCAAAUGUGUUAAGCUAAGUUCAAUUGUUUGUUGCUUUGCAACCAUUGGUUUCAUCAGAGAUAAAGUUCCUUGAUAGUGUUGUUUGCAGACCAUCUUUGUCAAUUUCCUACGGAACUUGAAUUUUAUGGUGGACGCUUGGGACUAAGCUUACUACUGGCUAGUAAAGGUCUGGAGCUGAAUCUUGAUUAUGCAUUUUUGUUCUCAGAUCUGAUUAGCUGUAUCUACGGACAUUAAUGGUAAAAGAUGAUGGAUUACUCCAACUCUUGUAUGUUGCAUGAUGUAAUCAUUUUAUAUGCUAGUUCAUUUAUUUACUUUUUCCC